CGCUGCAAGCCCCUUUUAUUACACUUGCUCAAGAUUUGCUCACUUCAUUCUAGUGAAUGGUGUGCUAGCAACAUGAACGUUCUAAUUCUUUGGGUGUUUGCUUUGGGUCUGAUAUGUCCGUCCACCACCGUAUUGGCGGAUGAGGUUCCCGCCCUGGUGCGAAAGGUGCGACAGCAGAACACUCUACCGCCGGAUAUGAAAUCCGCUGUCAAAGGCGCUCCCACUACGGAUCCAGUCAUUGAAGAGGAUGGCGAAUUUGACGAUGCUAAAACGGGGCAACAGAUAACAGAGCCGACAGGCAUUAAGAAAACAACUCAUCAGCAAGCCACGUCAACAACACCGGCAGUAAGAUCGCAGGAUCAACAGCAAGAUGUAAAGGGUGGUAAAAACCCCAGAAAAGAUACAUCCGAAUCUCCGGGGGAUAGUUCCGCCAAAAAGCCUGUGACAAUCGGCCAAACCAAAACGACCACGGCACAGUCGGAUUCACCCAAUGCUACUACAAACGCUACCGCAGCCAAUACGCCCUCUGCACCAUCCCCGAUAGUGGUCAACGUGAAUGUGGUCGUUCAAUCAGAACCUUCACAUGGCGCUACCAGCUGUACAGCACCAGAUUAUAACUGUCACCUUAAAGUUUUACCAGCCACCCAACCACCGAGACCGCCAUCAAGGCCUAAUCCUUUGUACGUUCCAAGAAGAAGCAGCUUUAGGCGGUACGAUUCCGCACCAAUCAUGACGACCACUGACGCUGGUCACGAACACGAGCACAUACACGUUGAGAGUAACGGGAUAGAUUAUCCAAACUCACCACUAGGAAUACCACGCAAUUUGCGAAAGACAUCAUGUAUGUUCUGUUGAUUUCAUUUGAAAAUAAAGAACAGUUUUUAAUUCCUA